CCACUUACGUGAAGGUGUACCUGCUGCGUAAUCGCAAGGUGAUUGCCAAGUGCAAGACGGCCACUGCCACCCGGAGAACGCUGGAUCCGCUCUUUCAGCAGGUGCUGCAGUUUCCCCUCAACUACAGUGGCUGCUCCAUACAUGUGAUAGUCUGGGGCGACUACAGUCGAAUGGAGAAGAAGGUUUUCAUGGGCGUCGUGCAGAUUGUCCUCGACGAGCUGGACCUCUCCUCGACGGUGAUGAGCUGGUACAAGCUGUUUGACUCUUCCUCUUCAGUUAUG